GCUCUUUCAAUGGACGUGUCCCCGCGUGCUUCUUAGACGGACUGCGGUCUCCUAAAGGUCGACCAUGGUGGCCGGGACCCGCUGUCUUCUAGCGUUGCUGCUUCCCCAGGUCCUCCUGGGCGGCGCGGCCGGCCUCAUUCCGGAGCUGGGCCGCAGGAAGUUCUCGGCGUCGUCGGGCCGUCCCUCGUCCCAGCCCUCGGACGACGUCCUGAGCGAAUUCGAGUUGCGAUUGCUCAGCAUGUUCGGCCUGAAACAGAGACCCACCCCCAGCAGGGACGCCGUGGUGCCCCCCUACAUGCUAGACCUGUAUCGCCGGCACUCCGGCCAGCCGGGCGCGCCAGCCCCAGACCAUCGACUGGAGAGGGCAGCCAGCCGCGCCAACACCGUGCGCAGCUUCCACCACGAAGAAUCUUUAGAAGAACUGCCAGAAACGAGUGGGAAAACAACCCGGCGAUUCUUCUUUAAUUUAAGUUCUAUCCCCACUGAGGAGUUUAUCACCUCAGCAGAACUUCAGGUUUUUCGGGAACAGAUGCAGGAAGGUUUGGAAAACAAUGGCAGUUUCCAUCACCGAAUUAAUAUUUAUGAAAUUAUAAAGCCUGCAACAGCCAACUCGAAGUUUCCUGUGACCAGACUUUUGGACACCCGGUUGGUGAAUGAGAAUGCCAGCAGGUGGGAAAGUUUUGAUGUCACCCCUGCUGUGAUGCGGUGGACUGCACAGGGACAUGCCAACCAUGGAUUUGUGGUGGAGGUGACCCACUUGGAGGAGAAACAAGGUGUCUCCAAGAGACAUGUUAGGAUAAGCAGGUCUUUGCACCAAGAUGAACACAGCUGGUCACAAAUAAGGCCACUGCUAGUAACUUUUGGCCACGAUGGGAAAGGGCAUCCUCUUCACAAAAGAGAAAAGCGUCAAGCUAAACACAAACAGCGGAAGCGCCUUAAGUCCAGCUGUAAGAGACACCCUUUGUACGUGGACUUCAGUGACGUGGGGUGGAAUGACUGGAUUGUGGCCCCACCAGGGUAUCAUGCCUUUUACUGCCACGGGGAAUGCCCUUUUCCCUUGGCUGAUCACCUUAACUCCACUAAUCACGCCAUUGUUCAGACGUUGGUCAACUCAGUUAACGCUAAGAUUCCUAAGGCGUGCUGUGUCCCAACAGAACUCAGUGCUAUCUCCAUGCUCUACCUGGACGAGAAUGAAAAGGUUGUAUUAAAGAACUAUCAGGACAUGGUUGUGGAGGGUUGUGGGUGUCGUUAGCACAGCAAAAUUAAUUAAUUAAAUAAAUAUAUAUAUAUAUAUAUUUU